AGCGCCAACCAAUCAACUCAACUGACUCAAAGUCCGUUCAUCACGGUUGGUUGCUCCCGUUGGACCAAAGCAGAAGGAACAGCACAGCACGUGAUCGUGCGUUACUACACCAACAAAAAUUAUUGCUCCGUCAUAGUUAGGAGGAGAGGGAAGGAAGCCAACGAAGAAUGUCCGUCAACUUCGUCGAGGUGCACCCACUGGUGCUGCUCAACGUCGUGGACCACGUCACUCGCCUUCACCUAUCGCACGAGUCCGACCCACCACCCACCGGUCCUUUCUUCUCCACUGUCGGUUUGUUGAUGGGCACGACAAGCGUCGCCGCCGCCGUUCGCAACAACGGUGGUAGUAGCGGUGGCGGUGGUGGUUAUGUCGCCGCAGCUACCACGACUCUCGCUACCUCGUUUGAGCUGCCGUUGAAGCUGAACGACAGCGGCGAGCCGAUUCCCCUCGCCGCCCUCGCCGGCGAUGCCGCGUUUCUGGCGCGCGUGUUGGAGGACGACGUGGACUGGCCCGCCGCGCAGCAGCACCGGGCACUGCUGGACGCGGUGAUGCCAGAGUCGUCGGUUGUCGGGUGUUACCUUGUGUGCAGUGGCGGCUUGCGCAGCGGGCGCCCCGCCGGCAAGCGCGACGGCGACGUGACUUCCACCACCCGAUCUAAAAAGCCGCGGAACGAAUCGCAGCGCAGUGCGCAGGACACCGCGUCGGGUGCGGGUCUUCCACACAUUGGGCAGAGCCUCGCCACGCAGCUGCACCUCGCGGAGCUGCUGCCGGCGGCGGCAGACGGCUUCGUCGUUUUGGUUUUCUACGAAGGCGAGGUGGUGGCUGGAAGACGGGGUGACAGCGGCGGUGGCGGCGGUGGCGGCGGUGGCACGGACGACUCUUCUUCUUCUUCAGCGGCCGUCGCGACGACGACGCCAUCCUCCUCUUCCCUCAGCGCGCGUCGUUUGCCGCUUGAAGCGUUCUGGGUCUCCACCGUGCCAGUGGCUGCGGCCGAAGAAGCCGGGGAGGCCGCAGACCGAAGGAGGGGCAAGGGUGCGGUGCCGGCCCCUGUCGCCGUCACUCCAGCAGACAUGGAGUGGAUCGGGCUGGCGAAUGAGGUGCACAUCAUGCGCGACGUCAGCGCCUCCACCACGGCAACCCCCACCACCCCGUCGAGCGCGCCCAGCUUUCUCCGUCGCGUCAGCGCGGCUCUCUACCCCGCCUCGGCGCAGCGCGUCGGCUCGCCCACGGUGGACACCCCCACGGCUCCCCUGCCAUCAUCAUCGCCGCAGACGGCCACCACCAAUGCCGCCGCCGCCACAACACAGAACUCCAACGCCGCGGACGGUCUGCGGAGCAGUCUUCGCCUUCUGAGCCGGGUCCUAGCGACCCCAUCAGGUGCCUCCACAAUGCAGCCCACUGCACCCGGGACACGAAACGUAUCGGAUAGCGGUUACUCCUCUGUCGAGCUUCUUCGCACCGUGGCGACCUGUGUGCGCAACGUGCCGGACGAUAACGCGGAGCAGCAACACGAACAGCAGCACCCGCAAUCGACCGCCGCGCCCGACUCGGAAGACGUGCUGCGUGCCGUCUUGGCCCUGGAGGCGCAGUGUGCGAUGCGGCUUGCGGAUCUGCAGAGACAGCAGCGGUCCGUCGUGAUAGCCCGCAUGUCAGCGAUGAGCAGUGUGGGUCGGAGAGGAUUAUCGUCGCCGUCGUUAUUAAAGACGAUGUCCGCAAAGCGUGGCGCGAUGCGUAGUCGAGCAGGGGAUGUGGAGGAGGCACGCUCGGCUGCGGCUGGUGCGUGGAUUCCGCCUCGACAUGACGGCCGUGAGAGAGACUCGCUUGUGACGUAUGUUUCCGGUCACGUGUGGCCACACCAAAGCGAAUGA